GGCUUUGCUGGAUCCUUCCCAGAAGAAUCUCUACAGAGAUGUGAUGCAGGAAGUCCUUAGAAACCUGGCUUCUAUAGGAGACAAAUGGGAGGACCACAAUGUUGAAGAUCAGAACACAUAUCCUGGGAUAAAUCUAAGGCCCAUCGUAUCUCACUCUGCAAACAAACCAUAUGAAAAUGAAGAGUAUGUAGGGAAGCUGCAUGAAUGUAAAUGGAUCAGAAAAUCUUUCAUUUCUCUCACAAAAGCUCAAAGACAUACUGGAGAGAUGGCUCAUACAUGGAAACGACAUAGUAAAGCCUUCAUUAACCUUAAAGUACACAAACAAACUCGUACAGGAAAGAAGCCCUAUCAAUGUAAACAAUGUGGAAAAACUUUUACUACUUACUCUUGCCUUCAUAUACAUGAACGGACUCAUACUGGAAAGAAGCCCUAUGAAUGUAAACAAUGUGGGAAAGCCUUCACUCAGUCCAGUCAUCUUCACUCACAUGAACAAACCCAUAUUGGAAAGAAGCCCUGUGAGUGUAAACAAUGUGGAAAAGCCUUUUGUAGUUCCUCUUACCUUCAAAUACAUAAACGAACUCAUACUGGAGAGAGGCCCUAUGAAUGUAAAAUAUGCGGAAAAGCCUUUGCUUCAGCCAGUCACCUUCACUCACAUGAAGGAACUCAUACCAGAAAGAAGCCCUAUGAAUGUAAACAAUGUGGGAAACCCUACACUAGGUCCUCUUACCUUCAUAAGCAUGAACGAACUCAUACUGGAGAGAAGCCCUAUGAAUGUAAACAAUGUGGGAAAGUCUUUCCCUGGUCCUCUUACCUUCAAAUACAUGAACGAACUCAUACUGGAGAGAAGCCCUAUGAAUGUAAACAAUGUGGAAAAGCCUUCACUACGUCGUCUAACCUUCAAAUUCAUAAUCGAAUUCACACUGGAGAGAAGCCUUAUGAAUGUAAGCAGUGUGGCAAAGCCUUCACUCAGUCCAAUCAACUUCACUCACAUGAACAAACCCAUACUGGAAAGAAGCCCUAUGAGUGUAAACAAUGUGGGAAAGCCUUCAGUUGUUCCUCUUACCUUCAAAUACAUAAACGUACUCAUACUGGAGAGAGGCCCUAUGAAUGUAAAAUAUGUGGAAAAGCCUUUGCUUCAUCCAGUCACCUUCACUCACAUGAACGAAGUCAUACAGGAAAGAAGCCCUAUGAGUGUAAACAAUGUGGGAAAGCCUACACUAGGUCCUCUUACCUUCAUAUACAUGAACGAAUUCAUACUGGAGAGAAGCCCUAUGCAUGUAAACAAUGUGGAAAAUCCUUCACUACGUCGUCUAACCUUCAAAUACAUAAUCGAAUUCACACUGGAGAGAAGCCCUAUGAAUGUAAGCAGUGUGGCAAAGCAUUCGCUCAGUCCAUUCAACUUCACUCACAUGAACAUACUCAUACUGGAAAGAAGCCCUAUGAGUGUAAACAAUGUGGAAAAGCCUUUUUUAGUUCCUCUUACCUUCAAAUACAUAAACGAACUCAUACUGGAGAGAAGCCCUAUCAAUGUAAGCAGUGUGGAAAAGCCUUCAUUGCUUCCCUUUACCUUCAGGUACAUGAACGAACUCAUACUGGAGAGAAGCCCUAUGAGUGUGAACAAUGUGGAAAAGCCUUUGCUUCCUCCAGUGACCUUCACUCACAUGAACGAACUCAUACAGGAAAAAAACCCUACGAAUGUAAACAAUGCGGGAAAGCCUUCACUAGGUCCUCUUACCUUCAAAUACAUCAACGAACUCAUACCGGAGAGAAGCCUUAUGAAUGUAAACAAUGUGGAAAAGCCUUUACUACAACAUCUAACCUUCAAAUGCAUAAUCGAAUUCACACUGGAGAGAAGCCCUAUGAAUGUAAGCAGUGUGGCAAAGCAUUUGCUCAGUCCAUUCAACUUCACAUACAUGCACAUACUCAUACUGGAAAGAAGCCUUAUGAAUGUAAACAAUGUGGAAAAGCCUUUUGUAGUUCCUCUUACCUUCAUAGACAUAAACGAACUCAUACAGGAGAGAAGCCCUAUGAAUGUAAACAAUGUGGGAAAGCCUUCACUAGGUUCUCUUCCCUUCAAACACAUAAAGGAACUCAUGCUAGAGAGAAGCCCAAUGAACAUAAGCAAUGUGGUUAACCUUCACUUAGUCCAGUCUCCUUUACUUACAUGAAUAAACUCAUACUGGGAAUAAGCCCUUUCACUACUUCAUCUUACUUUCAAAAACAUAAAUGAACUUAUACUAGAGACAAGCCCUAUGAUUGUAAGCCGUGUGGGAAAGCCUUUGCUAAUUCAUCUAGCCUUCAAAUACAUGACUGAACUCAUAAUGGACAUAAGUUUUGUUGUGCUUUGGAUUUAAGGUUUUCACUAAAAGGUUAAAUGUGAAACAAUGCAAGAAGUUUCAGAGGAGAAAUGAUUUUCUCAUGAGAGUCUUAAACCAAUCAGUCCAUUAAUCCC